AUGAUGCUUGGAACUUCCAGCAUCUUUCUCAGCUUGCUCUCCAAUGGCCUUUUGGGUGGUGGUGGUGGGCAGUCCAUGUCAUCUCCAGGUGAUAUAGGUGGGGGGAAUGGGACUAUCACUCCAACUGGUGGAGGUGGCAAAGGAACCGGGCAUCUAAAAUUGUUGCAUGGUGGACAUACCGCUCUCAGACAUGGCCGGCGUAUUAUACAUGAGGGUAAUACUGGUUCUGGUGGUGGCACUGGUGGCAGCGGUGGCAAUGCUAUUGCAGCAUCAUCCUUAACAGCUGAACACAGCCAAAAUGAGGAGCCACCCAAAAACAUGGUAAGGUGA